GGUAAAAUAGAAAGCCUUUUAUGGUUCUAUGUCAAAGCCAGAAAAUAAACUGUAAAAAAAAAUUGAAUUGGGGAUAUGUAGCUUUAGUAGAUGGUAAAGACUAUCUGAGUUAAAAGUGUGGAGCAAUUGUUAAAAAUCCCAAAGCAAGCUGAGAAGCCCUUCUAGAAGUAUGUGGAGAUGCUGGUGGAGAUCUUCACCUUGCUCCCCGGCACUGACCUGGCCAGCCUGGCCCAGGCCUGCACCAAAUUCCACCACAUCCUGCACAUCGACAGCAUCUGGAGACGGCGCUGCUGGGAGGAGUAUGGCAUUCGUGAAAACUUGCAGAACCUGGAGAUGAUCAGUAUGUCUUAUCGAGAAGUCAUGCGAAGAUGUUCCCAUAAAGAAACAUUUUGGGUUUGUGGCAGCUAGAUUAUAGCUAUGGAACACUGCUGAAUGUAGUGGUGGACGGCUUAUGCAUUACUGGUUGGACGUACAGGCCUUCCCUUAACACCCAUGUGCAUGGCCCAAUGCAAUUCGAGCCCUCGUUUAGAAUUCGCCUGACAGAGAGGAAAUCAGCCACGGUGGAGUACCUGGAAGAGAUCUACAGCAUUUUCCACAGCCGCCACAUGCAGAUUCAGAAGGACAGGCUCAGCAUCCAGUGGAUCAAGACAGACCACCGAAAGGAUUCACCAACACGGCUUAGGGGAGAACCGGAGCUGGUGCUGUCGCAGGAGGACAGACAACUGUAUGACUGCCUAACCUACAGCCGCCUCUUCCUCCCGCCGAGCCACCCGGACGACCUCAUCAGGCCAGGCCUCUUCCAAUGCAAAGACGAUGGCUUUGGCCUAAUGAUUGCCAUGCUCAGCUUCCAUGGGAAGUAUGCCAGGCUCAAGAAGGUCAUGGGAGACUUAAUCUGGACGUUAGAAAUCCACCUCAUGUACCGCAUCCAGCUGCGAGAUGGCAAGAUCUUCGCAACUUCAACGAGCUCUCCCGCGUGGUCUAGGAGAUUGAGGAGCAGGUGA